AUGUCUGUUAUUGUGCAAGAUGAUCUUCUCACAGCUGGCGCCUGGGCCACCUGUGGCCCGACCAGCUCCAGGUCAGCUGAAGCAGGAGCACCAAUAUUUAGUGAUCCAAACUUGCUGAAGAGAUCGUUCAGGGCAUGGCCUGCAUCACACUCCAUACGACUAAAAUGUCAAGCAAUUGGUGCACCACCGCUCAAAUACAAAUGGUUGAAGGACGGAAGGAUCAUAAAAAAACGACGUUUGGACCCACAUACUAAUUCUUCCCUUUGGUACCUGAAACUGCGAGAUCUUUCACCCGCUGAUUCUGGGAGAUACACCUGCAUAGUAUCCAAUCAAUAUGGUUCGAUAAAUCACACUUUUACUCUUCAAGUUGUUGCCAGACCUCAGUCAGCUCCGAUCCUACAGACAGGUCUUCCAAAGAACAAAACUGUGCAAGUUGGAGAUGAUGUGACAUUUACCUGUAUUGUUAUUGUUAGUGGAACUCUCCCGGAUCUCAGAUGGCUUAAAUGGAACAAAUCCGUCAAUUCUAUUCCGAAAACUUACAAUGAAAUUUUAAAUGGAUCAUAUCGCCUUAUAGACCGAUACUAUUACAGGACCGUUCGAGUGAAAAAAAAUUAUGGUGUUGAGGUGAAUAUUGUAAAUGUGACCGAGGAGGAUUUUGGACUCUACACUUGCUUGGUGCGCAAUCAUAUCGGCAACGAUUUCACUUGUGCAUUCCUCAUCAAAAAUGUGAAACCCACGGUUCCUGUGACAGCUAAACAUCGGUCAGCUCCGAUCCUACAGACAGGUUUGCCAAAGAACAAAACAGUGCAAGUUGGAGAUGAUGCAACAUUUACCUGUUUAGUUCCUGUUAGUGGAACUCUCCCGAAUUUCAGAUGGCUUAAAUGGAACAAAUCCGUCAAUUCUAUUCCGAAAACUUACAAUGAAAUUUUAAAAGGAUCAUAUCGCGUUAUGGACCCAUACUAUUACAAGACCGUUCGAGUGAAAAAUAAUUAUGGUGUCGAGUUGAAUAUUGUAAAUGUGAUUGAGGACGAUUUUGGACUCUACACUUGCUUGGUGAGCAAUCAUAUCGGCGACGACUUCAGUAGUGCAUUCCUCAUCAAAUAUGUGAAACCCACGGUUCCUGUGACAGAUCAGAAGACUCAUAAUGCUCUUGUUCCUGGAAUCGUCACAGCAUGUGAGCUAAUUACUGUGGCUAUUUUAAUCGUUAUCUGUUGGCGCCUUCAAUCGAACCCAAUCAAAAAAUCCUUGAAUCCUUCAGUUUCACUGUCAAAACCUACAUUUGAAUACGAUGCGUUCGUUAUUUUCAGCUCCCAAGAUUCGGAUUGGGUGGUUAAAACUCUUAUUCCAACUCUCGAGGAAAAACACCAUUUUAAAUGCUGUGUACAUUACAGAGAUUUCGUUCUUGGAGUACCUUUCCGCGAAAAUAUGGUCAACAGUGUUUACAAGUCUAGAAAAACACUAGCUGUCGUGUCUAAGAACUUUUUUAAUAGCAAUUAUUGUGGUUCUGAAAUGGAUUAUGCCCUCCAUCGACUUAUGGAAAGGAGAGAUGAUAGUUUAGUCGUAAUCAAAAUUGAUGACGUUGAUAGAAUAAAACUUCCUAAGGAGCUGCGAAAAAGAAGCUACAUAGACCUUCAAAAGUCUGUUGAAAAGGAUCACUGAGACAGAAAACUGGUUAAAUGUUUAACGCUUCCCAGCGAUCAGCCACAGAAACAGAUUCUGUAAUAAGCUAUCUUUGUCUGAGCGGUCACAUGCUCGCACGUUGGUGUAGUAAA